CCACCCCCGGCCGCUGCCCCUUCCCCAGAGCCAGAGCCGGGCAGAGGCUCCGCUGCCGCGGCUGCCAGCCCUGGGGCCGCGCCGACCCCGCCGCGCUCCUUCCGCCGCCGGAGAGAAGCCCCUCCACAAAGGAGCGAGGCAGCGGGAGGCGGGGGACACACGCACGCCCGGCCGCUCCGUCCGGAUGCGGUGAGCCCCAGGCUCGCCUCCGGGGCCGCGCCAGUGCGGGAGGGAAGAAGCGGAGCGGCGGCGGCGGCUCUCCGGCUGCCACCAUGGGCUGCUGCACGGGGCGCUGCACGCUGAUCUUCCUCUGCUCGCUGCAGCUGCUGGCAGCAUUAGAGAGACAAAUCUUUGAUUUCCUGGGUUUCCAGUGGGCUCCUAUCCUUGGCAAUUUCCUACAAAUAAUAGUUGUCAUUUUGGGUUUGUUUGGAACCAUCCAGUUUAGGCCUCGAUAUAUAGUCGUGUACACGGUGUGGACUGCCCUGUGGGUCACCUGGAAUGUUUUCAUUAUCUGCUUCUAUUUGGAAGUAGGAGGGCUCUCUAAGGAAACGGAUCUCAUGACCUUUAACAUCUCCAUGCACCGCUCCUGGUGGCGGGAGCACGGGCCCGGCUGCAUACGAAGGGUGGUGCGUCCUUCUUCCCCUGGCGUCCUGGAGGAUUACUCCUACGUCUCCGUGACAGGCUGCAUCAUUGAUUUCCAGUACCUAGAGGUCAUUCACAGCGCUAUCCAAAUACUCCUCUCCCUGAUUGGAUUUGUGUAUGCCUGUUACGUGAUCAGUAUUUUCAUGGAGGAGGAGGACAGCUUUGAUUUCAUAGGCGGACUUGACACAUACUCCUACCGACAGCCCCCCCAGGAACAUGUUGAGUUAAAGCCUGUAAAGCCUGUAGGUCGAAGUAAGUAAUGAACAUGGACUCAAGACUUCUGCUGCUGUAGCUGAAGAAACAGAUUUUAGAAAAAAAGACCAACCUUGUGAAUCAUCAUUCAGGAAGAAACCCACCACAUCUGCUCCUCACAGCAUGUGGAUUGUUCUUCCCACAGGCUCAGUGUCAUUAUCAGCGUUGUUAUUUCGUAGAUCCUUGUAGAUGAUCUUGAAUUUUUAAAUAAUUUACUUAUAUGGACACUUGUAAAUUGUAAAUUUUUUUCUUUUUUAAUUUCAGUAUUUUUACAAUGUUUAGUGUUGAGGCAUGAAAACAAAACAACCUGUGAAAACUAGGAGGGGGGUGCGUCCUUCUCAAAAGUUCAGUAUUUUUUGACUGAGAGGAUCAUACUGUGCCUGGUCAAGAUUGUGUCAGUAAACAGUAAUUUUGACUCCAAAAUAUGCAGCAGGAGUCAAACUCUAACAGUGAUCAAGAGAUCAUUUCAGUGCUGUCUUUAGAAUUCACAAUGUCCGCUCCUUGCAUUUUUGAACUGCUGAAUGCAGCAGGGAUUGAUGUAUGACUCUUCUUACCCAGAUGUUCAAGCACUAAUGUACUCACCUAAUUAUUACAAUUCAUUUAUGACUCUUCCUUUCCUAAUCUCUUUUGCCCCAUCUCGAGUAGCUGUCUCUGAUUUGAAGAGAAGUAGUGACUGCUCAAUGGAUGUCCUUCUCUAGGAACCCUUACACCCAGGGCUGUUUAGAUGUCUGUGAUUUGCACAUUUUUAAAAACUCCUUUCCUCCCUUCUCCCAGGAAGAAGCCAAGCAUGAAUGUACAGUAAAAGGCACCAACUGAAGCCUUAGAAGCCUCUGGGGACUAAUUUUCUCUUAAUUUAAAAGUAAACAAGCAAAAGUGAAAAAUGCCUGUAAAAAUUUGUAAAGUUAUUUGUAAAUACUUCUAGACAAAGAACAUGUAUGUAACUGUGGUAUUUUGUUUUCUAUUCUGUCACCACUAGCAUAAAGUGAUACACAAAGCUAUUUUCUCUGGAGAGCUGGCAGUCUUUUUAACAGAACACUUUUCUUCUUUCAUCUUAAUUACAGUAUAAAGUGCUGUGUAGAUUUCUAUGCCCCAGAGAGUCUUGUCUCUCUACAGAGCCUGUGUGCCUCAACAUUGAGCAGAAACAUCAGGAGGGUUUUGAGUCUGUUUGUGGUUUUGUGCUUUUCUCACUUAAACAUUUCAUAGAUGGGACAGCCAAGAAGGCUGGUCCUUCUGAUGUGUAUUUCUCUACCUCAGCAUCAGAGGCAGAACAGAUGCCCACAAAAUUCCUCCGUAGAUACCCUAAGAAAUCUUCAUCUGAUCUAAACAAAAUUCUGAAUCUAAAGGUCCUGAAUUUUCAGUCUUCUCUUCUAUCGUGUAUUUUUCCUCCCUGAGCAGGAGGGAGCUAUAAGAGAGCAUGUCUUGAUUCUUUCCCUCCUCAAAUCAGUGUAAUUUACCAAUAUGAAGCUAUUGGGGGUGCUAAUAAAUACAGUAGAAGUAGAGUCUAUUAUUUUCAGGUGACAAGGGUCUUGUGGUACAUCCCCCUGCUUUCCAGCUGGUUAACUUAAAGACCUCACCGACUCUGGAGAAAACACAAGCUGAACUUUGGUUAACUUUCCCUGAAACUGAGUAUGAUGAAAGUAGUAAGACAAAGUCAACAAGAAAUGGCAACUGGAGAAAAACCCUUCUUUAGUGUUCCUUGGGCUGGAUAUACCUCAAGUAAAAGCCUUCAGCUGAACCCAGUGCUGCCCUCAGGACGAGAUGGGAAGAACAGGAAUGAAUGCUAUAAACCCCCAUUGAUGGCACAGGCUCAACACACAUUCUGGCAGGGGUUUGUAAGUGUGUGUUUGAUUUUCUGCCAAGGCAUGUCCGCUGGACCAUGUUCUACAGAUUUGCCUGAAUAUGUCUAAAACCUGUCUUUCUGUAGGUCCUUCAGUACUAUCACAAAAAUUCUGCAAAGACAGAACCUGAGUUCUCCUCUAUUUGAAAUAUCUAUCACUUUUCAGCAAGGGAACAAAGCCAGUACAUUCCAAAUACACUUAAAAUCUCAGAAUCAUUACCAAUACAGUGAGUGUGCCAUCUGUCUCACUUAACAAACAGAACAAUCCUGACUGAGAAGAAUUUGUCUUCAUUAGGACCAGCCAAAAUGCAGACUGAAAUGCCAAAGGAAAUUGUCAUUCUUUUCUAAACUAAGACACUCAAAAUAAUAUCAAUCAACCUGUACAUGUUGGGGUAAAAAAUCUUGAGAAUAAUAAAUGCAUUUGACUGUUAAUUGCUGUGUCCUGAAAUAUAGUAGGACAUAUUGAUGAACAUUUUUGUAGGAAGCCUUGAGUAGUUCCUUUAUUUUUGCAAAACAUACUCUCAGUGAGGUGUUAGGUGAGUCCCAGAUCAGCCAGCUAUGUAGGAAAUAAAUGUUGACUCUCUAAAUAAACUUGGAUAGUUUUCUUAAGCUUAACUGAACCAUGCAAUUUCAGGAAAUGACUAGGUUUGUACUGCAAAACAGAAUUUGCUGACAAUCUUAAAAUCUUGGAGAUUAUCAGUUGCUACAAACUGUUCUGGUGGCAUUAAUGAGUCAUACGGUUACACUUUAGGGCAGCUGAAGAUCUGUCCUUCAAACUUUUAGACUUUUUUUCUUUUCCCAAGUUUCUGUUUAAUUCCAGUUUUUUAGAGAAUCAGAUUUGCCAGAGUACUUUAUCUGACAGUAAAAGUGGGGAUGAGACUACAGAAAUGUGGCACUACAUGUUCACUAAGGACUGAGCCAGGAAACUGAACCAGUUUCUUAAAAGAGUGGCUGAUGUCUUGAGGAUCUGAAAACAAAAACUGUAGCAAGAAAUUAACAGAUUUUUGCCUGGUGCAGUGACAGACAUACCAUGAUUCUAUAUUACAAUUUGUGGAAUUAUUGGUUAGACUCUUUCAUACCCAUAGAGAUUUUUUUACAUAAAAUUUGAAGGUUUUUGAAAUUCAAUUUUGAUCUGAAGGAACUGUCUAAAAUGAAAGACUUUACAGCUUGGAUUGGCUGAAGGGUGUUUUUUUAGUGCUAAGGUAUGAUAUUAUAGAUUAUUUAUAUUGUUAUAAGAUACAAUAUUAUCUAUUAUAGAUAAUAUUCAAUAGAGCUCUCUCAAUUAAACCCAUGGGAAUUGAUGCCUGGUUUUGUCCAAUAACUGCUUUCAGAAGUGCAGGUGGCAUUGUCCAGGAAAGGGCAACAAAGCUGGUGAGAGGUCUGGAGCACAAGUCUUUGAGGAGCAUCCGAGGGAGCUGGGGUUGUUUAGGUGGAAGAAAAGGAGUCUCAGGGGUGAUCUUAUGACUCUCCAUAACUCCCUGAAAGGAGGCAGUAGCCAAGGGGGUUCAGCCUCUUCUUCUAGGCAGCUAGAGGUGGGAUGAGAGGAUAUAGUCUUAAACUGCACCAGGGGAGGUUUAGGCUGGACAUCAGGAAUAAUUCCCUUACAGAAAGAGGGAUAAGACAUUGGAAUGAGCUGGCCAGGGAGGUGGUGGAGUCACCGUCCAUGGAAGUGUUUGAGGAAGGGCUGCAUGUGGCACUCAAUGCCUUGCGCUAGUUCGCAUGAAGGUGUUUGGUCACAUUUGGACUCAAUGAUCUCAGAGGUCUGUUCCAACCUAUUUGAUUCUGUGUUUAGGACAAUGGUAUUUACUGUAUAUUAUAAAUUGGAAUUUGAAGCUAGGGUAUCUGGUUGCUGGUUAGCACGAGACAAUACUAAAUUUUCUUAUUUAAAACCUGAGAACGCGUAGUUAGGUCACUAAAAACCUGUAGUUCUGCACCAAAUAAAUUGCAGAUUUAAGCCCAAA